CCCAGGCACCUCCGCCCCCGUCCGUGCGCAGCCCCCGGGCGCAGCCCAGCCGGCGAGGCGGCGGGCGGGGAGGAGCAGCGCUGCUGCCGCGGCCACCCGGGCCCUGUGCAUCGUCUUGCGGCCGCCGCCGGCUUCGGCAUCCCGAAGACGGGCGCACGUGGGUCGGGGCGGGGACUCGGCGCCUGGGCUGCGGCCGCGGCGUCCCUUGGGGGGCGGGAAUGGGGAGCCGCGGCGGGGGCUCGGCUGAUGACAUCACGGCCGGGCUGCGGCAGCGCGGGCGCGCGGACAUGGCUGCGGCGGCUGCGGCUGCGGCGGCCGCGGGCUGCGCUCGGGCUUGAGCGCCCGGCGCCCUCCCGCGGGGCCGUCCUCCAGUCUGUGCUGUCCUCGGAUUCCCAGACCCGGUGCCUCGGCUCCCCGACGCUUGGGGCUUCCACCUAUCCAGCUUCCCUUGGCCGAAUUGCUGGGGAGCUCGGCGUCAGGGGGCGCCAAGGAGCCAAGGGGGGAAAAGGCGCUGAGGGAGCCUCCAGGCGGUGCUACCCCCAACCUCCCACCUCCCCGCGCCCCGCCCCGAGGUUGGGGCUUUGGAAGAUGCAGCCGGCAAAAAGUAUAUUGUAGUUGAUGGCCGGGAGAUUUUACAGUGGUCGCUGGGGCAAUGCCAACGCAGAAGGUAUGGCAGGAGCGCUGACGUGCGCCUUUCAAUGGACUGCCACCGCGCCACCUGGCCAGGAAGCCGCCGCUGCUGCAGUCUGCGGCAUCUUGCGGCCUUGGCCCGUCGGCCAGGUGGUUCCACUCUUGGCUGCCCGCUUUUUACAAACAACUGAUGGGAAUAGGUGACAUGUUGGCGCAGGAGAAGAUUGUCUUCCACUGUUCCUAGCCUCUGAUUUCUGCGCUAUUACCUCUCUACCAUAGAAGUCUUCUUCCUGAACACAUCAAGAUGAAAGAAAAACAUUAAAUUGGGGGCCGCAUCCAGAAUAGCAUCAUCUACAUGGGUAAUCCCUCCUACAACUUCAGAAAACUUUUGAUAACUAAUUAAUAAAAUGCAGACGAUCUUGCAAACAGAUGAAGUUACCAAUACCCAAGCUCUUAGAAAAGGAAAGAGGAAAAGGACAGAGACAAUGGACUCAGAGAAUGCAAAUAGUGACAUGAAUAAAGGACAGAGAGACCCCUAUUCGGGAAAUGCCUUUCUGCCCGGUGAGAGCUCCAGUGAGGAUGAAGAGCCUUUAGAAGGAUUGUCAAAGGAGGAAUUGUGCACGAAAAUAAAGAGCCUGAAACAAAAACUAACAAACACCCGGAAAGAAAACAGCCGGCUUCGGCAGUCUUUGGUCAUGCUUCAAGUGUUACCACAGGCAGUUACCCAGUUUGAAGAAUUGGUUGGUAUGGCAGAGGCCGUCCUCAAGGGUGGAGGGACCAUGUCUACACCUGCAUCCACCCUCUGGAGAGCAACCAACAACUCCUCACCAGAAUCUUUUGCCUCAAUGUGCAGUAAUUCUGAUUCUAAUUCCAGUUCACCGGUUUCCUUGAGAGCUGAAGAAGAGCAUCAGACUGAGGAGAAGCAGUUCAAGAUUGAAAAAUGGCAGAUUGCCCGUUGUAACAAGAGCAAGCCUCAGAAGUUUAUUAAUGAUUUAAUGCAAGUACUUUACACAAAUGAAUACAUGGCCACACACAGCCUGACGGGUGCAAAAUCCUCUACUUCGAGGGACAAAGCUGUAAAGCCAGCUAUGAAUCAGAAUGAAGUUCAAGAAAUCAUAGGAAUCACAAAGCAGUUAUUUCCCAACUCAGAUGAUGUUUCAAUCAGGAGAAUGAUAGGGCAAAAGCUAAACAACUGUACCAAGAAGCCAAAUUUAAGCAAAAAUAUGAACUCUCAGGAUAUUAAGUAGAUCCUUUUGGUACCAUAGGUAUCUGAAACAAAGCACCUCCGGUUCUAAAUCUAACAUUGGAUUUUGUCGGAGAAUCUGCAACCUCCCUGGCAGUGAGCACAGACAGACAUGUGCAGUGACAGGCUAGGGGACAUCUGUGACAUCGCAGGCUCUCCUGAUGGAACAACAAGCUUGCUGAAGCAGCUGCAUGUCAACUCCACCCUAGGUAGCCACGAUGCAUCAAACUAGAGAAUUUCUAGCAGUCAAAUAAGCAUGCAUUAUAGUUUCUUGGAACUAUGCAUUUUUUCAUCCCAAAAUGCUUCUCUGUACAGUUAACUUAACAGGAUAGUCAGAACUCUUAUAACAACAAAAACUUCAACCCCUAAGAUUUGUCAUUGUCUUAAUCAAUUGCUGCACUUUUUUUUCCUCUAAUUUUAUUGGGGAACAGCUAUGGUCAUUGGUUACACAUUGCUUUCAUGCUACAAUGGCAUA